AAGACAGCCUCCGUGUCCUCGCCACUGUCCGCGCACUGUAGCACCUGGGAAACAGAUUGCUGGAUAUUGACUAUCGUCGUUAUAACCCAGCCGACGGAGGCUGUGAUCGCCAGUUGACUACAGAAUACCCUCCACUGCUGCUGGCACGCGUCUCGCGCUCUCACCACGCGCUACAAGCAGACGGGAACUUCUGUCGAGAUUUAGACGAAGUCCGGCGAACGCGGGUUGCAGAAUGGAGUGAUACCAUCCGGCUUAUUACUGCCGUGGCAUUUUAUUGGAGGUCCUGCUUCUCCUUGUAAUGAUAAACCCAAAUCUGUGAUUUCAUUGGCAAAUCAUAUCUACCAUUCGUUGAACCCCUUCAAGUUUGUGAAUGGAAGCAGGUAGCGUUGUGUUGUAAUUACAAAGGCUUUCGCAGUUAUCGAGCGCUCAGCGAAGCUCUACAAGUGGUUAGUUCUUUUGAUUUGGGAUACCACUACGGACAUAUUGGUGUCGUUUAGAUUCAUAUGGAAUUCUUUUGGGUAGUUACAAUCAUGAGGAGUGUUGCGGCGUUGUAUGUGCUGAAUACGUCAUUGUACCAGUAAGGACCUCAAAGAAGACGCCGAUAUUUAAAUGGUACCUGACUGAUCGCUUCGUGCAGUUAUAGGUGAAAGUUAUAGCACUGUUAUUGGACUUAAUUCGUCAUAGGAGCAAUGCUGGUCUUGAUUGGACAUGGAGGCCGGGGCUUCCAUGGGAAGUACCGGGCGUGAAUGGUGCCUUACCUCACUGUUGUGUUUGAACUAUGAACAUGUGCGUGAAUACAAAUGUAAACUACUGCUAGGUCUAGCUGGAUGUUUGGACGACACAUUCACCUGGGUUACACCUGUCUGGAUACGAGCAGAAGAUCGCUAUUCCAAAUCUCGUCUGCUCCAGGAAGGCGGGAAUGUCUUCCCCUCCCAACCUACCCGGUCAACAUAUUGUGCUCAACGUCUCCGACCUCCUACUACCCCCUAUCAACUACACCGAUGUCACUGAUCUCGCCCCUUCGGCCAAUGUUUCCAGUCUCGUGCAGGAAGGGGACAGAGUCAACACCUAUACGGACAUCCGUCCCCCGCGGGAAUUUCCCCUGGCCCUGGUCAUAGCAAGCCCGGUGGUGGCUGUGUUUAUUCUGGUGUUUUUCUGUGUGUCUUACUACUGGCAUGCCUCGUACCUGGACCGGCAAGCCAGAAAACUGGCCAUAAGAAUGGCAGCAGACGCCGAGUCCGGUCUCCGACCCUCCAGGCGGACUCGGAGAGGUUUGGGCACAGACGGACGGAAGGGUCGAUCUCGGAGACUGUCCAGCCCAACCCCUCCGGUGCCCAAACGGGUGUCGUCUGCUGUAACUGAUCAAGAAAUAUUGUCACAUUUUGCGGCCAGACGACACUCAACGUUUUUCAUAUGACGCAGAAUAUUUUUUUUCAUGGAGAUGUGUUUAUUGUGUUUCUGACAGGAGUGGAAGCAUAUUGUCGUGUGUACAGCAAUCCAACGUUCUAUUGAAUUGCAAACGGAAAAGUAAUUCAAGCAGACGACAAUAAAAGCAGACUACAGAAGAGGUUUGUGCCCCAUGCUGAUCUUAACCAUUGACUCAGAGUUAAGUAAUAUUUCUCCACGGCAGGUGUGCAGACUGACUCUAUUGUGCGUUCGGAUUUAACAUUUAAAGGCAGUUGCGGGUGCUUUAUCCAUAUAUUUCUGUCCGAAUUCAAACGUUUCACAAUACAAGUACGUCCGAAAAUCAAUGACCCGGAAUAAGAGGUAAAUAAUGCUUUUGAAUGUCAUGGAUUAAAUUAAGCUAGGCGUGUUUGAAGAUAUGUCUUCUAUUGAUUAUGAAGUCUCUCUUUCACCGAGAGACCCCUCCUAGAGGUGUGUGGCGUGAGAAACGACUACUGUGAUACCCAUAUCAUUCUAAGCUGUCAGUACAGCCAAUGCCUUCUUUAAGCAUUACCAGCAUAAUCCAUCAACGUAAUACCAUGUACUUUGUACGCCUCCCAUUGUAACAGAAUAUGCUUCAUAAAUCUUUGAACUUUGUUCAUUGAAACUCGAUGCUGUUGAGUUUGAAGAUGAAUUAUGUACAAUAAAUAUAUUUAUGAUGAAACGCACAAGAUUAUAUUCAAAUUGUUCAAUAAAUAUGUUCUAAUUUCA